ACCCACCAAAAGCAGUCACACGUCUCCAUGUUCUUUAUAAAGCAGCAGCAGUCUGCCUCCUGCACACAGCUGCUGAUCACCCACCAGACCAGGUAAGAACACACUCCUCUGGCAGGAGCAGAACUCUGUGGAACACCCUGUCAUGUUUGUUGAUUUAUUUAUCAGGUUUAUAUUAUAUGAUUCGUUUUUAGUUUAUAGUAGAUGUUUAGAUUUAGGUUUAUGUUUAGUCAACAUGUCUCAUUGUUCACUUCAAUUACAGUCACUCAAGUCUAGUCUCGUCUUGCACUGUCUGUCAUUGCACUCCCUGUUUUAUUUUGAACUUACCUUUCCCUUGUUGAUAGUUGCUACCUGUGUCCCCUUAACUCUUGCAGAUAGGCCUUGUCUCUCUCGUGUCGGCAAGAAGCAGCGAUCCAAGCCAAGAACCAACUCCAUCAUGGAGGCGACUGCGGCAGUCAAGGCUGCUGGUGCAGUGUUCGGAGCUGGAGAAAACGUUUCUGAUCGAACGUGCAGCAUUGAGAUUGUGAAUGAAUGUGGCUACACAUUUGACAACCCAAGGAUGUACACUUUCAGUGGAUACUGUGCUACACCUUUACCACCGACUGUUGCCCCUGGAGCCUGUGGGAUUGGACUGUUCACCAAGAGUCCAUCCAAAAAUGCAGGAUCUGUUGGCGUCUUUGCCUACGAUCUGAACAAGGAUGGAAAACAGGCAGCUGAGAAAAUAGCUAUCAUGUUUUCUGUGCCCUGGGAUUUCAACAAGUACAAAAACUGGUACGCAUUGGGAGUUUUUGAUGUGAGCACACCGUGUGAUGAGGCUCUUUAUAAUCAGAUGUACUAUGACGAACAAAUCACGUUUAGGAGACGUAUACCGGAUGGCUCCUGUCUCACUUAUGUGGGGGAUCACAUAACCAUCAUGGCAACAAUGUCAGAUGCUUACCAACCUGUCAUCAAGGUGCGAGUUAGCCACAACUAGAAAUGAGUGAGUCAGCAGUGGCUCUCAAUAAUGAAUCAUCAGGGUUAAAGGUAUCAGAGUUUUCAUUUGCUCUCGUCAGUAAUUGCUUUGUACUUGGCUGCAUUUUGGGUCAUCUGUGUUACACAGAUACAUACAAAAAGUCACAUGACUUGAAAGCCUGCAAUGUCUUAUACUAUUCUCUUUAUUUGUAUCUCUACACCUUUGAAUAUGUACAAUUACUUUUACCGGGGUUCAAUUAUAUCACAACUUAUUAAGUCUGACAUUUGUGGGAAAAUGCUUUGAAAAUCUAAAUAAUUUCACAUUGUUAUGAUUCCCUUUUAAUACAAAAUAUGAUAUAAUAG